ACCUAAGAGUGAGUGACAAGGCGUUGUGAACACACGGCAUUUACAACUAAUGUGACACUGAGAGACAGCGGCAAUAGAAGAAGGCAAACAAGCAGGAGAGAGUCAGACCAUGGAGGGAGAGGUGGAUGAAGAAGAUGGGACUUUCACUAACAUCUCGCUGGCAGAUGACACAGUGGACAGUGGAACUGCAGCCCUGUAUACUAAACAAGACAGUGAGCUCCUCACCAUGAACUGCGACAUAGACGGAGAAAUGGAGAACCAGGUGGAGAUGGAGGAGAAGACGAGGCUCAUAAAUCAGGUUUUGGAACUUCAGCACACACUGGAAGACCUGUCAGCACGAGUCGAUGCAGUCAAGGAGGAGAACCUGAAGCUGAAGUCUGAGAACCAGGUUCUAGGUCAGUACAUCGAGAACCUCAUGUCUGCCUCCAGCGUCUUCCAGACCACUGACACCAAGAGCAAACGGAAGUGAGACGCGCCCUGUGGAGAAAGCUGCAGUCCCAGGCCUGCACCCGGGACAGUAAACCCACCAUGGAGAGGGCAGACCUGGGUCUCUUCUGCAGUUAACCUGAGCUCGCUUACUUGAGUCAAAACUAAUUGAAUUGAAGCUGAAAAUGGGAGCUGACUGUCAAGCCACCAGUUCAGUUGACUCAUACCCCCUUUCCACCAACAAGAACAUAGUGCUAGAUUGUGGCUGGUGCCAUUUCAAAGUUAAACUUGUGAUCCUUCUGAGAACCUCUUUGCUUUUCCACAGGAUAAAACCAUCUUGUUAUUGAUGGGAUUUUGACUGGCCGUGAUAAACACUGAUCUAGCGAGGAACACUGAUAAACACUGAUCUGCUUAUGUCAGACCCUGACAUAAGCAGUUCUUUGUCGGUUCUUUGCAGACCAGCAAAGAGUUGGUCCUGCUGUGGGACCAGUUUUCCUGGCCGAGAACCAGUUCUCUGGCUGUCAGAACACAAAGAACUGGUUGGAGAUUAGGCACUGGCUCUGAACCAGCCGUCAAACUGGCUUAGUGGAAACGGGGUAUCAGACGUAGCUCAUUAAAUUAGUGGCAGCCGGGCCCAGGUCUGUUGUGCAACAGCUUUCUCUCCACACUACAGAAUAGGUAGAGGUGACCCUUAGACCUCAGGUGGAUACCAGCUCAACUGGUCAACAGUGACAAAAUCAGGAGAACUUUAAUUUGUGUAUGAAGAGGUCAAGGGUCAUUUGUACCUAGAGUUCCUUCUCAGUCUCCAUUGGACCUCCAUUAGAGUCAAAUAGUUUCUGCAAAAUAAUUUGUUUGUUUAACCUGCUUGGUUGACAGCAUCAACACGUAUCUGACGUGUAUCAGAUUGUCAAUCACCGAACCGUUUUCCAAAUACUUGCCUAUGGUUUCUCAAACCUGACAUUCACUGAGUCAUCUGAGUGACAAAGUUCAACUAUUUCGCAGUCUACAACAAACUAUAAAUAGCAUUUGCAAAUACUGUUUGACCCCAAACCUCCCUUUCAAAACCGGUUUAUUUAUUUUUGGUUUCUUUUGUUUCUACGUCAGCUGGAUCUGAGAUUCGGUAGGUCUUGGAUGAAAUGACGACUACAUGUAGCAUGACUACAUUUCUCCAUUUAAAAACUGAUAAACUGGACAGUAUUACUGAGAAUGACAAACUAUAUUUGAAGUGCAUGGUCAUGUAUGAGUAAUACACAUCUGCAAAGGUUUUCUAUCUUUGUCUUAACAGUUAUCGCAUAUCUAAUGAAAUGCCCUUAAAUUAUUAUUCACAUGAUUGCAGAAUGUUUAAAGCUAUUGAAGAGUUUAAAAACACUAUGGGGUGGAUACUAGAUUUGUAUAGGUAGCAUUUAGAGCUCAGCAACAAGAUAAUGUAAGUAAAAGCACAGAGAAGCUAAAGGGUGUUUAUAAUGUGCAACUGAUGUCUACAUCUUUAUUAACACCAGUGAUUGUUUUUAUGUUAAAUAUGGUUGAUUUUAAAAUCACAAUGUUAUGACACAGAUGGGACAUUUUGAUGACUUGGUGUAAGUAUUUGCAGCCCAUUAAAUUUUAGUGAUUGCUGGGGCCCAGGCCAAAACAUGAGCAGCAAAUGUUUGGGUCGUGAAUGCAACCCUACCUGUACAUGGUUUGAACCAAAUUGUGACGAGUUGCAGAAAGGAGCCGAUGAUGUGAGGAAGAGGUGAGGGUGGGGGGGCUGAGGCAGGAAGGCAGACAGACUUUCUCUCAGAAGCUGUAAAGAGGCCCUGAGUGCUAUUGAUCCGGCACCGCCUGGAAGAAUCUCUCUGGGUAUCACCAAGAAAAAGUGCUGUUCUCAACACUGUACCCCACAAAGGGAGAGUGUGUCUUCAGAGGCUUGCUUUGGCAAAUGUUAAGCUAUAAGAGACUGUAGAAAAAACAGGAGACAAGAGCAGAUGAUCUGAACAGCGCUAGUAAAAGGGUUUUCCAACUCUAAUUGGGAGUAAUUUAUCUACCAUGACUAGAGAUACAGCGAAUUCAUGUCUGGAAAGUAGUAAUUAAAAUGUUUAUAUAUCGAGAGAUUGCUAAUGUUGCAAUGGGAAAAUUGUUAGAUAUUCAAUAAGACUACAAACUACACUGUAUCCUGUAAUUAACACAUUAUUUUGAUAUUUUUAAUGGUUGUACAGUAAUAUACUCCUAUUGUAUUUCUUUCUUUUUCUUUCUGGCAUGCUGACUAUGCCCUACCUACACACAUCCCCUCAAGUCAACUGCCUUGUGUGUAGAUGCCGUGUAAAUUUGGACUCUCUUGCCUUUUAACAUUUUUGUUUUAAUAAAAACUUAAGUUCA